AUGAUCCUGCCCGGCGGGGAUAUAAGUGAGCUGUUUGCACACGUAACAGACCACACGGCCAAAUUGCUGCUGGUGGCUGACUCCGACACGGAAAACUCCAUGUCACUCGCAAAUAUGGAAGAGCUCAUCAAAUUGGCCCAGCUACAUGAUAAAGAGAGAAGUCAAGGUAACAAAGUCGGAAGCGAAGAAAGAAAGAAAGCGUUUGACGCUCCCUCGGCGCAACUGACUCCACUAUAUAAGGUAAACGAGAGUGAUAGACAAAGCACAGAUGCCGCUAAGCUAUUUGAGCUUUUGCAGCCGUUCUUGGAGAAGUACCUAGAAAAAGCGACAAAAACAUCAAACACAAAGACGCCGCUCGAACAUUAUUUGCCCAGACGGAGGCUGCAUCUUGCUACUGUGUCUGAAGAUCCAUUCACUUCUCCUGGCCAUCGUGGAGGUGCCGAAUCUGAGCUGGACUCAGGGAACAACACCCAGGAGCUUCGUGUGGAUGAUACUUUUGAUAAACCACAGAGAAAAUCCUUGCUGCUGCUGCAAUUGGCGCUGCUGCCCGUGACGACGCCACCCAUGUCACGAGAAUUCAAAGAGAUCAAGGAGUUCCACAGUGAUGAGACUAUUGCGGGAGGUGACAAUGGCGAGGAAGGGUCGGAGGAGGAGGGGGAGGAGGAGACCGAGGAAGGAACGGCUGGCACGGGCUCGGACAUUUGUAGAUUUUUUGGAAAGGCCCCGCAAGUGGAGUUGGCGGACUUGACAGAAGAUGCCAUCGAUAUGGAGGCAAAGAAGCAAUCCCACGCAGUGCCAGACAUGAACAAGAUGGUUGGUGAGCUCAAGUUGCAGUUGGAGCAGGCCAAGGAACAGAACAGAGAAAUGGUCAAUGAGAUCGGGUACUUGCGGGACAAACUCGAGCAAGUGGAAGUUGAGGUGAAAGCGUCCAAGUCAGGAAAGGAAAGCUGUCCUUCGUCUGCGGGUUCCACCGGCUCUAUCCCCGUCAAUAAAGAAACCGUUGAGCCGUGCUUUCGCCCGUACUACCUGAAACUACAGCUCGAUAAAGUGGAUGAGCUUUGCGACAUAGAGAAAAGCAACGUCAUCAAGAACUUGAUGCUCUCGUUGCUUGUGUCAGACUUCGACCACUUACAACAGAUGGCGCCGCGCGUGGGUGAUUACCUUCGAAUCUCGUCCAGGUUUUUGGAUAAGCUUCAUCUGCGCUUCUACUUGUGUGGUGAGUACUGUCCCUCGCGGUACUUGCGAGACUACAGGUUGGAGCUGAUGGACGACUUUCAAGCUUGCCUUGAUGGGAUGAUGGAGAGGGUAGUCAUGAGCGAGGAGCCACAGAAGGAAGCAUGUGGCCACGAGUGCUGUAGCGGAAGCUGA